GCUCGGCUCCGCUCGGCUCGGCGCCCGCCCGACUUCCCAGCGGCCCCGUGCGGCCCGGGCAUGCCCAGUGCGGGCGCAGCGGCCCCGGCCCUGGGAGCGCCCGGGCGGGAGCUGGCGGCCGGGAGCGGAGGGUCCAAUAGGAGCCGAGUGGGCCCGCGUUGGACGAGGGGCCGGGUGGGCCGGAGCCGCGGCGGCGGAGCGGCCGGGUCCUUCAUGAUGAAAGAUUUUGAGACGCUGCUUCCUCCUCUGUGUAGUUGGUAGUUCGGGUGGCGAAGAGAUGGCUGACAGUGUCAAGACCUUUCUCCAGGACCUUGCCAGGGGAAUCAAAGACUCCAUCUGGGGAAUUUGUACCAUCUCAAAGCUAGAUGCUCGGAUUCAGCAAAAGAGAGAGGAGCAGCGUCGAAGAAGGGCAAGCAGUGUGCUGGCACAAAGGAGAGCCCAAAGUAUAGAAAGGAAGCAAGAGAGUGAGCCACGUAUCGUUAGUAGAAUUUUCCAGUGCUGCGCUUGGAAUGGUGGAGUAUUCUGGUUAAGUCUCCUCUUGUUUUAUCGAGUGUUUAUUCCUGUACUACAGUCGGUGACAGCCCAAAUUAUUGGUGAUCCAUCACUACAUGGAGAUGUUUGGUCGUGGCUGGAAUUCUUCCUUACGUCCAUUUUCAGUGCUCUUUGGGUGCUCCCUCUGUUUGUGCUUAGCAAAGUUGUAAAUGCCAUUUGGUUUCAAGACAUAGCUGACCUGGCAUUUGAGGUAUCAGGGAGGAAGCCUCACCCAUUCCCUAGUGUCAGCAAAAUAAUUGCUGACAUGCUCUUCAACCUUUUGCUGCAGGCUCUUUUCCUCAUCCAGGGGAUGUUCGUGAGUCUCUUUCCCAUCCACCUUGUUGGUCAGCUGGUUAGUCUUCUGCAUAUGUCCCUUCUCUACUCACUGUACUGCUUUGAAUAUCGUUGGUUCAAUAAAGGAAUUGAAAUGCACCAGCGGUUGUCAAACAUAGAAAGGAAUUGGCCUUACUACUUUGGAUUUGGCUUGCCCUUGGCUUUCCUCACAGCAAUGCAGUCCUCAUACAUUAUCAGUGGCUGCCUCUUCUCCAUCCUCUUUCCUCUAUUUAUUAUCAGCGCCAAUGAAGCAAAGACCCCUGGCAAAGCAUACCUUUUCCAGCUGCGCCUCUUCUCCUUGGUGGUUUUCUUAAGCAACAGACUUUUCCACAAGACGGUCUACCUGCAGUCCGCCCUGAGUAGCUCGACCUCUGCAGAGAAAUUCCCUUCACCGCAUCCGUCUCCUGCCAAACUGAAGGCUGCUGCAGGCCACUGAGUCGCCUGCCAUCCAGAGGAGAUUGGGUGGGUUUGGAAGCAGGCUGUAGAAGCUCUUUUCCUCGUACCCUCCUCUGCCCGGGAACGCAGGACCCGCUCUGCCAAGGGCCCUCUGCCUAUUCCAGUCUGAGGAAUUGGGACUUUUGUCUCUGGUGCGCUUAAGGCAGAAUCUUCCUGACACCAGUGUGUGGAUUUUUAACACCGGUGAGUCUGAAUGGACCACAGGUUUUUCUGUAGCUCUUUUCUAGCACUUGCCAGCCCCCGUGCCUGGACUGAUUGGAAUACUGUUUUUGUCCCUGUGCCAUUGACCCUCCCAGCUCCCCGUCCUGCCUUCCACCACCCUCGGAUGAAUGGAUUUUGUAAUUCUA